AUGGAUAAAACCGCAGCGCAAACUGCCCAACACCCCCCUCAUCACCGCCGAAGCUUCUACAUCGGCGGACGGUAUGUUGAGGAUAAGGAGGGGAACCAUUCGCUCCAGGGGCAGAUGUAUGUUGAGCACCUACAGCCAAGCCAGAGUAGUGAAAUCAAGCCGUUCCCCCUUUUGUUUAUUCAUGGCGGAACUCGCACUGGAUUAGUGAGCUGGCUGCUUCUGGCUCUCUGGCCUGCAUGGAUGCUGACGAGAACCAGGACUGGAUAACAAAGCCUGACGGUGAGCCUGGAUGGGCCUCGUACUUCCUUUCACAGGGAUACGAACUCUACCUUGUCGAUCAGCCGUUCCGAGGGAGGAGUCCUUGGAGCCCGGGGAUUGGAGAUGUAAUUGUCUAUCCUGCGGAGCAGAUCCAGAAAAUGUUUACCGCCAGCAGGAACUACAAGUUAUGGCCGCAAGCCGAGUUACACACCCAAUGGCCUGGCUCCGGCAUGAUGGGCGACCCUGUUUUCGACAGGUUCUACGCCUCGGGUGUGCAGAUGAUCAAAGACCCGGUCCUUCAGGAGGGAGCAUCCCAGGCUGCGUGUGCAGCGCUAUUAGACACAAUCGGGCGGCCCGUCAUCGUCUUUGGGCAUUCUGCUGGCGGACCAAUCCCAUUCUUGCUGGGCGAUGUGCGGCCUGGCCUGGUCAAGUCCAUCGUCGCACUCGAGCCCCUGGGGCCGCCGUUCUCCAAAGUCUCGAUCAGAACGGUUCCCGGUUCUCCGUAUGGCAUCUCCAAUGCUCCGAUUACGUAUGAGCCUCCCGUCACAGAUCCUGUUGCGGACCUGGCAACGCGUGAAGUGAAGGCAGCAGCACCCGACCUGCUGGACGGCCGGCUGCAGGCGAGUGACACACCACGGAAACUCGUCAACCUUGAAAGAAUCCCGGUUCUUGUGGUUACGGCCCCGGCAUCGUACCAUGCUCUAUAUGACUGGUGCACUGUCGAAUAUUUACGGCAGGCAGGUGUUGAUGCUACCCAUUUGAAGCUGGAGGAUGUAG